GAACGGGGCGGGCAAGGAAAGAAGCGGCAGAGCCCGCCACGGGGUGCCGCCCGCUCCCCGCCGGCCUCACGCCCACCCCGCUCCCCCCCCUUUGCAGUCCCCGGGGCCGGGCCGCGGCGGGGCGGCGGGUAAGUCCCUCCCCGAGCGGGGCGGGAGUCGCGGGAGUCGAGGUGCUGCCGGCGGAGGGUCCCGCCGCGAGAGUUUUUCAAAUCUGAUUUUUUUUCCCGUUACAAUAGCUGAAGAAAAAUGUCUUCCUUGAGUGGAAAGGCACAAACUGUGCUGGGCCUGGUGGAGCCGGAGCAGCUCGGCUGUACGUUGACACAUGAACACUUGUCCAUGGACUACAGCAGCUUCUUCUGUCCACCUUCACCAGGCCAGGAGCCUUUGUCUGAGGGGCCCAUCAAGAUGAAGAACUUGUUUUGGAUCAAGCAGAAUCCCUACAGCCAUAAAGACAACCUUCUUCUGUGUCAGGAGAUGGAUGCUGUGAGGGAGGAGCUGCUGCAUUUUAAAGCAGCAGGCGGUGGAACUAUUGUGGAGAACACGACCAUGGGAAUCCGUCGGGAUAUGAAGACUUUGAAGAAACUCGCUGAAGAAACUGGAGUCCAUGUUAUUGCUGGGGCCGGGUUUUACGUGGGUUCCACACACUCUUCUCAAACGCAGGCUAUGACAGUGGAGCAGCUCACAGGCAUCAUUGUUGAUGAGAUCCUCCACGGAGCAGAUGGGACUGACAUCAGGUGCGGUGUGGUGGGAGAGAUCGGCUGCUCCUGGCCCAUGACUGCAAGCGAGCGCAGGGUGCUGCAGGCGGCUGCACACGCACAGGCACAGAUCGGGUGCCCCAUCAUCAUCCACCCUGGCAGGCACAGCGAUGCACCCUUCCAGAUAGUUCGCAUCCUGCAGGAAGCCGGGGCUGACACUUCCAAAACAGUCAUGUCUCACCUCGACAGGACAGCUCAGGGCCAUGCUGCCCCAACACCUACACCCAGCACACGGACCAGCCACUGGAACUGGGAGCUGCUGCUGCUGCAUCAGACCAUAUUUGAUACAAAGAAACUUCUGGAAUUUGCAAAACUUGGAUGCUACUUGGAGUAUGACCUAUUUGGUACAGAAUUUAUCUAUUACCACUUGCAACCUGACAUCGACAUGCCAAGUGACAAUGACAGAAUUGCAAGGAUUCGUAUGCUGAUCGAUGAAGGCUACGAAGACAGAAUUCUGAUGGCUCAUGAUGUGCACACAAAGAAUAGGUUGAUGAAAUACGGAGGUCACGGAUAUUCACAUAUCCUCAAAAACAUUGUUCCUAAAAUGCUGAUUAGAGGCAUAUCCCAGGAUAAAAUUGAUAAAAUACUGAUAGAAAAUCCAAAGCGGUGGUUGACUUUUAAGUAAGAGUAGUGAAUUAAUAUCCCUGCCUUAUAGGGAAGAUUGGUGCAAUUCAGAUUGAUUUAGGAGAGCAGCCAUUUAAAUACGUGCUUCUUUUCAGAGAUCCAGAAGGUAUUAGUGCUAUGAACAACCUGAUCAUGACUUCUUAAUUAGACCACCAAAAUUACUUAUUUUCUCUGUAUUUCCUCCCUUCUAAAAGUCCAUUCAUGAAUGAUUUGCUGGAUAUGCAAAAUCUUUUCAGUGUAUUAAAAUAAUUGUUACCAAAGAGUAAUCUCAUAUUAUUAUUACAUUCUCCAAAAAUAUUUUUGAAGAAGCAUCAUCUGAGCUUUGAAAGAAAUUACAGUUUUCAAUUAAAUUCCCCUUCUCCAGGGUGUGAUUUUAAUUCGUGUAAUAUUGAUAAUCUGCUAAUUAUCCCUUUAUUAAGCACUAUUUAAAUGAUAGAAGGUCUGUCACUUUUAAAUCACUUCCAAAGAGAACAGAGGGCAAAAUUUCAAAUAAUUCUAAAAAGACGCUGCUUCUUUCUCAUUGAACCAUGUACUGAUUUCUAACUGAAACUGGCAGAAAAAAUACAUGACAAAUACUAUUUUUUAAUAAAGCAAUUUGUAGACUCCUGUAUGUAGUCGUGUUACGGAUUUCUUUUUUAAUUUGUCAUCUGGAAUUCGUGGAAUCUCCCAAUGAUCACAUGUAAGUGCAUUCAGACCAUCGGCUUUUUGUAAGGAUGCAACACCAAAAGUCAAAAUAUAUUACAUAAUAUGGUUUUAAUGAGUUGCAAUAGUUAUAACAAAGAUUGUGAUAUAAGUCUUUACAAAUCAGUAUAUCAAGAUAUGAUGAAAAAGGAAUAAAUGUUUGCCUUAUAUGUGAUUUUCACAUAAAGUGUGUUGUUUCCUCUUGUCUAUCUUUUACCAAGCGAUUUACCCAGAAGAAAGGUCUUACCCAGUAGUAAUGGUAGCCUGAUUUCAAAAGCUUCUUCAGAUUUCACCUAAUAUGUCUUGUGGUGCUGAAGUUUGUCCCAUAAAUACCUCAGUAAAUAUGCAUUGCUAGUUGCAAAUGAUUUCUAGCUUGUUACAUUACUGCUUGACACAGACAACCUCCCGCUGCACUGCUGGCAGUGCGCUGAGUGAUAAAAGCAAUUUUGGAUUGAACAGACAAGAAGUCAGCUACACAUCUGCCACUGCAAUGCGUGACGUAGUAGUAGGAAACCAGGAGUGAUCCCCGCCAUGUACACACACAGCUCAGGAGUGAUCCCUGCCACUACACACAGCUCAGUGCUGUGUUGUAGCCCGAAAGUGUAACCGAUCUGAUGAGACAAUACACAAGCAGUCUGCAACUCACUGUCCCUCUGUAACACCUAGAUGAAUGAGGCCAGCCAUCCUCUCUGCCUGGACCAUCUCAGCCUAUUUUUUGACAACUCAAACCAGGAACAGAACGAGAACUAUGCUCUUUCUAAAAGCUUCACUCAUUCAAACGAGGCUUUUUAGAGACAUUCUUCAAAUCUUCAUCACCUUCACUGAGGACUCAGCACUGGAGAGCUAUUUAUCUCAAUGGCAGACACUUUGGGCGUCUUACUGCAGAGAAAUCUGAGUUCAUACCCUUAGCGGAUUAGACAAGGUUGCUUAUGGCAAAUGGCAUGACAUUGAAAUGCUAGGGAUUGCCUCUAUUACUCUUCAAUGAUUUUCACAAAUUUUACCUUGAAUUUGCCAAAUUGCUAAGAAUAACAUAACCAGCUGUGCUAAGGAGCUAGUUAAUAAUCUCAGUAACGUUUUUAGAUGGAAAUUUGCAAGAUUUAACUGAGAGAAAUAGAUAGCCUCCCGUCCCCCAAACAAAGCGAAUAAUAAAUUAUUUUCAGAACAGAAGUAUUCUGUGGCUAUUCCUGGUAUGACUGAUUUUAAAGCAUUUUUAUAACUAUGUAACUCAUAGUAUCUGUGCUUAGUUUAAUUCUCCAAGCUAUUAAUCUUUUGUACGUAUUAAACUUCUUUCUUUGAGACUUUAGAUAUAUAUAUCUUUAUAUAUAUAUAUAUAUAUAUAU